AUGACAAACGCAUUUGCAGUUUGUCUUAUUUCUAUAUUGUUCUUUUGUGGUAUAGGUUUGUCAAAUGCUCGGCAAACACCAAAAGAAUGUUCAAAGGGACCAGAAUAUUGGUGUGAAAGUUUGAGGCGCGCCGCAGACUGUGGAGCGGUGCAACACUGCAUCGGCACAGUGUGGGAACAAGAGCGUGUCACGGUCAAGGACAACGAUGUAUCCGAAAAGAUCGUCCGUCUCUUCAGGCAGCUGAAGGAUGUUAAGGACAUGAUUAAUGACGACUAUCUAGGAACUCGCGUGAGCUCAGCCUGCCGCGAUGUUCCAUCGCCCGCCAUAUUGUCUCUAUGCAAGGAGAACACAGCCGAGCUACAACAGUACAUGAGUCACGUCCUACAAUCGGACACCUCUCCCGAAACGAUGUGCAGAAUUAUUGGCAUGUGCAAUAAUGCCAAGUUAGAUUCGCUUAUCUCGAAAAAGAAGACUGAAGAGCACACAAAACAGAAACCUCAUCUGUUGGGAGCUACGAAAUGUACGUGGGGUCCUUCCUAUUGGUGCAGCAACUUCAGUACCGGUCGGGAAUGCAAAAUGACACACCACUGCGUACAGCGCGUGUGGUCUAAGAUGGCGUACCCGCAAGACGAUGAUGGUAUCUGCAAAAUUUGCAAGGACAUGGUGAAACAGGCUCGCGAUCAGCUACAAAGCAAUGAAACACAGGAAGAGCUAAAAGAAGUUUUUGAAGGGGAAUGCAAAUUGAUUCCAAUCAAGAUCGUGACAAAGGAAUGUAUUAAAUUGGCGGACGAUUUCGUGCCAGAAUUGGUUGAGACUUUGUCCUCGGAAAUGAACCCUCAAGCGGUUUGCUCGGUCGCCGGACUCUGCAACAACGCCAAUAUUGACAAUCUUCUAGAAGACUAUAACACAGCCUUAAAAAACAGGGAGGGAUGUUCCAACUGCAAAAGAACUGUCGGUAUUAUGAGGAAACGCUUUGAUGAAACUACUUAUGAAGAUUUUCUAGUUGGACUGCUUCAGGCAUGUCAAAAAUUAGGCUCCCUAUCAGACUCCUGUUCAAUGCUCUCCUUCAAGUACUACGAGAACAUAAUAGCUGGCCUCAAGAAGGAUUUGAACCCACAGUCCGUGUGUCACCUCAGUGGGCAAUGCAGCCAUCUCUACCACUCUCACAACCUGUACACUUUCCCCGAAGAUUCUAAACAUUUCAAGGCCUCUGAUGACAUCCCGUGUGAGUUCUGUGAACAAGUGGUCGAGCACCUGCGCGACACGCUCGUCGCCAACUCCACUGAACUGGAGUUCCACAAGAUACUUACUGGUGUAUGCAAACACACCGGCGAGUUCAAAUCCGAGUGCCUCCAGCUCGUAGAUCAAUAUUUUGAAACUGCCUACAAUUUCUUAGUAUCCGAAAUGAAAAGCGCUGAAGUAUGCAGCUUAAUGGGAAUUUGUACGAACAAGACUGAUGUGGACAUUGCGCCAUUGCUACCGAAGGAACUGGCUAUUAAAGCUGUGACGAUGUCCACCAGACUUAUUGGCCAAGAUGAGGCAAAUAGCUACGUAACGCCCGCGCCCUCAAAGAAACAAGAGAACAUACAAAUAAUGGGUACUGAAGUAACUCAAGUGCCAGUAUUGCCGAUAGAGAGAAUGUUCGUGUCUGUGCCGCGCUCCGACACCAUAUGUUCCUUCUGCCAGUACUUCUUACACUAUAUACAAGUGGAGCUCAGUGAUGACAAUACUGAGGAGGCCAUAAAGAAGGCGGUGGAGGGCGCGUGCGACGUGCUGCCGCAGUCCAUCAACGACGAGUGCCGCCAGUUCGUGACGGAGUACGGGCCCGCCGUCAUCGCGCUGCUCGUGCAGGAGAUAGACCCCGCCAGUGUAUGCCCAGCUGUAGGCCUCUGCCCCAAGACGGAGGAAGUUCGCCGCGUCGAUAUCAACGCGCAGAAGUCCAACUGCCCGCUCUGUCUCUUCGCAGUGGAACAGCUGGAAACCAUGCUGAAGAAUAACCGCAGUGAGGAUAAUAUCCGUAAAGCGUUAGACGGGCUUUGCAAUCAUCUCUCUACGAAACUGCGCACCGAAUGUGUGGACUUCGUGGACACCUAUACAAAACAAUUAGUAGAAAUGCUAGUAGCCGAUCUAAACGCUCAAGAAAUAUGCGUAUAUCUCAAAUUGUGCACGGAUAACAAGAAACACAUCGAUCCUUUGGCCCUAAGUGAUUCUGCUAAAGGCAAGACCGAACCCCCGACCCUCGGACAUCCGUCCAUAGAUAAGUUCCACGAUAGCCCCAUACUGAGAGGCGAUAGGAAUAAUAGACGUCGACCGAUGCUGCCUAAAUAUAUGCUGGAAAAUGGGGUUGGUGACAUAGCCACAAACGCGAUCCCAGACAAUACAAUAAAUGGCCGCCCCAUCGAAAAGUCAGAUAAAACUAUAUGCGUUAUUUGCGAGUUCGUUCUAAAAGAGAUCGAUGACCAGAUAAAGGAUAAGCAUAAUGAUGACGAAAUCAAGAAAGUAGUGCACGGUGUAUGCAAGCACAUGCCCAAGGCGGUGCGUCCCGACUGCGACGAGUUUGUGGAGAAGUACUCGGACCUGGUCAUCAGUCUGCUGGCCCAGGAAAUGAACCCGGAUGAAGUGUGCAGGGAGCUAAAGCUGUGUACUAGCUCGCUGCAAAAACUGAAAGCAGAAGAGAUCUUGGAUUGCGCUGUGUGCGAGACCGUGGUGAUGGCUGUGAAGAAGGUUCUCGGCAACGAUAAGGUGGACAGGAACAUCGUUCAUAUCGUGGAGAAGGCCUGCAAUGCGCUACCAGCUAAAUAUUAUGAUAGGUGCCACACGAUGUUGGAGAUAUACGGCGCGGGCGUCAUACGCCUGAUAGAGGAGUUCGGCACGAAGGACGUGUGCAAGAAGAUAGGCCUGUGCUCGGCCGCCGACGCCGCGCUCGUGCGCAUGCGCCGCACUAAGGGG